CUCCUCCCGGCGCGCCUGGCGGUCGGUGGCGGCCGCUUCGGUGCUGACAAGAUGGCGGCUGGCGGGGCUGUCGCUGCGGCGCCGGAGUGCCGGCUUCUCCCCUACGCGCUACACAAGUGGAGCUCCUUCUCCUCCACUUACCUUCCCGAGAACAUUUUAGUGGAUAAACCAAAUGACCAGUCUUCAAGGUGGUCUUCAGAGAGCAACUAUCCUCCCCAGUACCUGAUUCUGAAACUUGAAAGGCCUGCUAUAGUCCAGAACAUCACAUUUGGGAAAUAUGAGAAAACUCAUGUCUGCAAUUUGAAGAAAUUUAAAGUCUUUGGUGGAAUGAAUGAAGAAAAUAUGACAGAGCUAUUGUCCAGUGGCUUAAAGAAUGAUUAUAACAAAGAAACAUUCACCUUGAAGCAUAAAAUUGAUGAACAGAUGUUCCCUUGUCGAUUCAUUAAAAUAGUUCCACUCUUAUCCUGGGGACCCAGCUUUAACUUUAGCAUCUGGUAUGUUGAACUUAGUGGCAUUGAUGAUCCCGACGUAGUACAACCCUGUCUCAACUGGUAUAGCAAGUACCGUGAACAGGAAGCUAUUCGCCUUUGUCUAAAACACUUCAGACAACACAACUAUACAGAGGCCUUUGAAUCGCUACAAAAAAAAACCAAGAUUGCCCUAGAACAUCCCAUGUUAACAGAUCUACAUGAUAAACUGGUGUUAAAGGGUGAUUUUGAUGCUUGUGAAGAAUUGAUUGAAAAAGCUGUAAAUGAUGGUUUGUUCAAUCAGUACAUCAGCCAACAGGAAUAUAAGCCACGAUGGAGUCAAAUCAUUCCCAAAAGCACCAAAGGUGAUGGAGAGGAUAACCGACCAGGAAUGAGAGGGGGCCAUCAGAUGGUUAUUGAUGUUCAAACAGAGACCGUUUAUUUGUUUGGUGGCUGGGAUGGAACACAAGAUCUUGCUGACUUCUGGGCGUACAGUGUGAAGGAGAACCAGUGGACAUGUAUCUCUAGAGACACUGAGAAAGAGAAUGGUCCUAGUGCCAGAUCAUGUCAUAAAAUGUGCAUUGACAUUCAACGAAGGCAAAUCUACACAUUGGGGCGUUAUUUGGAUUCCUCCGUGAGGAACAGCAAAUCUCUGAAAAGUGACUUCUAUCGUUAUGACAUUGACACAAACACAUGGAUGUUACUCAGCGAGGACACUGCUGCUGAUGGAGGGCCGAAAUUGGUGUUUGAUCAUCAGAUGUGUAUGGACUCGGAAAAACAUAUGAUCUACACCUUUGGUGGUAGAAUUUUGACAUGUAAUGGCAGCGUAGACGACAGCAGAGCCAGUGAACCACAGUUCAGUGGGUUGUUUGCUUUCAACUGUCAAUGUCAAACUUGGAAACUUCUUCGAGAGGACUCCUGUAAUGCCGGGCCUGAGGACAUCCAGUCUCGGAUAGGACACUGCAUGCUAUUCCACUCAAAAAAUCGUUGCCUAUAUGUAUUUGGUGGCCAGCGAUCGAAGACCUAUUUGAAUGAUUUCUUUAGUUACGAUGUGGACUCUGAUCAUGUAGACAUAAUAUCAGAUGGCACCAAGAAAGACUCUGGAAUGGUUCCAAUGACAGGAUUCACACAGAGAGCAACCAUUGAUCCAGAACUGAAUGAAAUACAUGUCUUAUCUGGACUCAGCAAAGACAAGGAAAAGAGGGAGGAGAAUGUCAGAAAUUCAUUCUGGAUUUAUGACAUUGUGAGGAAUAGUUGGUCUUGCGUCUAUAAGAAUGAUCAAGCUGCAAAGGAUAAUCCAAGUAAAAGUCUUCAGGAGGAAGAACCAUGUCCAAGAUUUGCCCAUCAGCUUGUAUAUGAUGAGUUACACAAGGUUCAUUAUUUAUUUGGUGGGAAUCCAGGAAAAUCUUGCUCCCCAAAGAUGAGAUUAGAUGACUUCUGGUCACUGAAGUUAUGUAGGCCUUCAAAAGAUUACUUACUGAGGCACUGCAAGUACCUGAUAAGAAAACACAGGUUUGAAGAAAAGGCCCAAAUGGAUCCCCUAAGUGCUUUGAAGUAUUUACAAAACGAUCUUUAUAUAACCGUGGAUCAUUCAGACCCAGAAGAGACAAAAGAGUUCCAGCUUCUAGCUUCAGCUCUGUUCAAAUCUGGUUCAGAUUUUACAGCUCUAGGUAAGCUUUCCGAUGUGGAUCACACGUAUGCUCAAAGAACUCAGCUCUUUGACACCUUAGUAAAUUUCUUUCCUGACAGCAUGACUCCUCCUAAAGGCAACCUGGUGGACCUCAUCACACUGUAACUGAAGAGUCACUGGACAGCAAUGGAGAACAGGAGUCUGCUUUCAGUAUUGUGGAGUUCAACUCUGUUGACCGACAAUUAGGCUGCAGUGAUCGAGGACUGCACCAGAAUUUUGAAGGGAUCUUUACUGUCACAAGUUUUAACCCUCUUCCUUCAUACCCAACCUCAGCCCCUUUCUCCUCAUCCCAUCCUGAAUUAGGUUAAUAAAGUGAAAUUGGUAUACUUUCCAUUUAAA